AAGAGGCACUAUGGUAAGCUUAUUAGGAGUAAGAAAAGGUGCAUGGACCGAAGAGGAAGAUAUACUUCUAAGGAAGUGCGUUGAGAAAUAUGGUGAAGGAAGAUGGCAUCAAGUUCCUUCCAAAACAGGCUUGAAUAGAUGCAGGAAGAGCUGUAGAUUGAGGUGGUUGAAUUAUCUUAAGCCGAAUAUCAAGAGAGGACAGUUUUCCGUGGACGAAGUAGACUUGAUUAUCAGGCUACACAAGUUGCUUGGCAACAGGUGGUCAUUGAUUGCCGGUAGACUUCCAGGAAGAACAGCGAAUGAUGUAAAGAAUUAUUGGAACACAAACCUGCGUAAGAAGGUGGUUUCUAGCACUGAAGAUGCUCAAACAAAACCAGAAGCAAAAUCAAUAACGAAAGACAACAUAAUAAAGCCUCGACCUCGGAACUUAAAAAAUUUAUGUUGGUCAAGAGCUGGAAAAGGUACACCAUAUAUUAAUGUUGCUUCUCAAUAUGGGGAUGAUCUUUGUCAGCCAUAUUCUACCACGGCAUUACCACCUUCCGAAACUGAUGAAGUUGAAAGGAUGUGGUGGGAAAGCCUGUUAGAUGACAAAGAAAUUAAUCUAACGAACAACAGCAGUUGUCUGGGUUCUGGUUCAGCAGUUAACCAAGAUCCCAUCAAAAGUCUUUUUGUAGAGGACAACGCAGCAGGAGGGAUAAUGAUUGGGGAUGUGUUCUGUGAACAAGGACAAAGUUCUUGGGCUGGCAUUUCUUUUGAUGCAAACCUUCGGAAUCAAAUCGUUACAGAAAUAUACCGACAAGGACCCGAAGGACUUUAGCCUAAAUUAGAAAGAUGGUCCGCGCUUUCUCGUCGAUUAGAAAUGUAUCAUAUUCCGAUGUGGA